AUGGACAAUCCAGACAACUACAUUGUGAAUAUUUUCAAAAACGAAAUCCAAAUCAAAAGAAUUCGAAAGGGUACUCCUUAAUUUUAUCUCUAGAAUUAAAAUAGUUAGAGGUCCUAGACAGGAAUGAAUUCAAAAUUAACUUGAAGCAAUUGUCUAAUAAUUUACAAAUCAUCGUACUAAUAGUUCACUAUGUAGGUUGAAAUGGAACCAGUCGUACCCUUAAAUUAAGGCAAACCCAUCAAAUUUUGCUUAUAUCUAGAUAAUAAAUUCCCUUUCGUGUUUCCCAGAGUUCAUCUUCUUAGUCAUGUACUAAUCAAAUUUUAUCACACUAGUUGACUAAACCCACUUUUGCUGAUGGAAGAGACUAUAUCGAAGAUGUUUUGCAUUAAUAAUGGAGCCCAUCCAUUUUGCUCAAUGAAAUCAUUCAAAAAUUUCCUAAAUUUCUCGUAACUCCAUGAAUCUUCUAUAAUUAGGAUUAAGUGAGACAUUAUAAAGAUGACAGAGAUCAUUUGCUUUCCUUGGGCAAAUAUAAUUUAGAUUAGGAAUACGAGGGAUCAUUGGGAUUAGAAGAUGUCGAAUACUUUUAAUGCAAAGAAAUAAUAAGUGGAAGAUCUUAUCAGAAAAUAUUAUAAUUAAGCAAUAGUUAUAUCUUGACUUUGGAGUACUAAAAUAAAGUCUUGAUUCUCUAAAGCUUUUAACCUACUAAAGACUUAAUUAAAGUUGAAAAGAUAGAGAAUAGUGCCUAAUUAACAUGGAGAUCUGAUGACAAUUUCAGAAUUCAAACAUUAACCCCUUCAAACAUCGAUUAAUUUAUGGAUUCAAUCCUUCUUUACAAAACUGGUGCUUCCGGUAAAAAAAUCCAGGAAGAAGAAGUAACCUUAUAAAAGUUUGAGAAUUUUGAAAUCCAAAAACUCCUUGAUUCUGUGAGUUACUAUGAGAAAUCUCUAGAACAGGAACUCAACCCUUAGACUCUGAAUUCUCUUAUGGACUCAUAUCAAUAAGUAAGCAUCUAUCUAACUAGGCUAUUGAAUAUUUUUCUGCAGUUUCUGAUGAAGAUUUUAAAGAAUAUGUUAAGCGUCUUUAAAAUUUACUUGGGAGAGAGGAUGUUUAAAAAAUACUAUCCAAUAAAUUGUGA